AUGGAAACAUUUGAAGUGCGGUCCAAGUCUUUCACCAUCAAGUGGGUGAAAGCGCCGGAUAAUACAUACAUUAGGUGGGAAUUAAAGCCACUCAAGCGGUCGAUCAAUCUGGGAAUCUAUCGAUACAACAGCCGAGACGAAAUUUCCGAGAGCAGCGCAUCUGCGCAGAGUGCCGGCGCCAGCAGUGCCAGCGCAGUGUACGGGAGUGAGAAUACGAGCGCCUCUGUGAUCAGCGAGCCGCGCGAUCGCGCAAGCGCGUCCAACCUCAGCGCAUCCUGGGAGGCGGCGGACCCGCAGGCCGACGGCGCUGGCGACGACAAAAGCGCCAAGGCUGUGAAAUCCGUUCAGCUGUUUUCCAGGGAGAACAUCAGCGUCGACGCCGUUAACAGGGUGCCCCGGAAGUUGUUCAGCACGAUUCACAAGACGUUUUUCAGCACGGCGGCAGGAGAGCGCGGCGUCUCAAAGGAAGUGCUUGCGCGCAGUACGGAUGCGGAUGCAGAUGCGCAGGUGCAGGCGCAUGUACCAGAAGAAGCGCCGGCCGGCGCUGCACGUGAGCGGCCGUUCCCAAGCCCAAGCUCCACUGAGAGCAGCCAGAGGAAGCCAAGGCAUCGUUCAGAGAGCCGCAGCUCGCUGAUAAGCUUCAACAGAGUGUCAUCUUUGGAAGAGCGCAUAGAUCGGCACUUGACACAAGAAAAAUGGGUGGGAAGUUGCGCAGGGGACGAGUUCAUAAGUCGCGCAUUCCGUGUGGAGCGCGGCGGGUUGUUUGCUUUUGUGUUUGACAACACGUUCAGCCGCACGAAGGCGAAAAAAGUGAUGUUUACGCAGUGGGUGGAGGACGGAGAGGAGCCAGCGCGGGCGGCGCAGGCGGAGCGCAUGGGGUGCAUGGUGGAGCGCAGGGCGGGGCGCAGCGAGCGCAGCUCUGAGCGGCUGCACAGCCACAUGCACAGCCACAUGCAUUUGCACCAUCACGGGCAUGACCAUGUUGAGCCGCCGGAGCCCCACCCAAGCGACCCGGACGACACUUUGCAGGAGGAGGAACCCCGUGCGGAGGGCGGCGGCGCGGAGAAACAGGCAAAUGAGGAAAAUUUGGAAGAUGAAGAAGAGGAGAAAUCAGCACAUAUAAGAUUUAAGCUUCCAGAAGAGAAGCAACUGGGCAAGAACACGAUUAUGAUCCGGCUGAAAGGCGUGCAGUACCUCCAGGGGAUCCUCCGGAAGAAGAGGAGGCGCGCGGGAGGCAACUUUGUGCGGCGGUUCUUCAACUUGAACUUCAAGUAUGCAGUUUUGGACUAUUAUGCAGACGAGACGUCAAACAACGUCAGGGGCAACAUGUUGGUGACACAGGCGGUGAUUUCGGCGGACGUCAAGCAGCAGAUGUUGUACCUGGACUCGGGAAUGGAGCAGUGGAUCCUCAAGGCGGUCACCAAGGAGGAUUUUGACGUUUGGGUGCAGGCAUUCGAUUACAUCAAGAAGAAAAACCGCCAGCAGCGGCUUCUGCAGCAGCCAGGUGGCGCAAUGCAGCCGCAGGCAUCCGCUGAGCAGUCUCUCAUGUCGAUUCCUGUGGAUGGCUACGGGAUUGGGGCCAUCGACGACUAUAUAGACGCCAACGACAAACAGAGAACUUCCAUAAGUUAUGACUUAACCAAGCUCCAGAAACUCGCAGAUACUGCCGCCAGCACACUUGGCGACCUCAAGGGAGAGGUGGAGGCGCACUGGGCGAAGAAGAAGAUGGAUAAGAGGGAGCGGAAAGAGCGGAAAGAGCGGGAGACGGAAAUCGUGCAAGAUGCGGCAAAUCUCAUCACACAGAUUCAGUCGCGGGUCGGGAAUAUCCGCGGGCGGUUUACCGCACUUGCGGAUGAGGACGCUGACGCAUACGUGGCCAGCAUUCUUUCUGGCGCCAAGCGGCCCUUGACGCGCACCACGACUGCGGCGACUUCUGUGCUGUCCCAGGACUUCUUUGAUGCGCAGGAUGUGAUGGAGGAGAUGAAUGAGGGCGUGGUGAUGGUUGGCGCCGAGGCGGAGGCCGGCGCAGGAGCGGAUGUGGACACAAGCGCAAGAGCUGGCGCGGGCGUGGAUUCUGGCGCAGACGCCGGGCAGCCCGCCGCAGCGCACCGAGUCGAGAUCAAGUACGGUAGCAAGGAGAACAUCUUCGUGUCACAACUCGAGAGCGAGCCGGAGUCCGUGUCUUCUUCAAACGAGUGCAGUGACGAGGAUGAGGCCGCGGCGGGAGAAGUAGUCGGUGUGCCUGCAGCGCUGGCAGCGCCCGCAGCGCCGGAUGCGCAGCUUGGCGGCGUAAGAGACCUGUACCCGCUCCCGUAUGCGGGCGCAGUCGAGUACAGAAAGGACAUUCCACCCUGCGCGGCGCCUCCACCUUCACUCAUCGGCAUUCUUAGAAAAAGCCUCGGCAAGGAUCUCACCGGAAUCACCAUGCCAAUAACUUCAAAUGAGCCGAUUUCCUUCAUGCAAAAAUAUGCGGAGUGCUUCGAGUACGCAGCGCUGUUGAAUCGCGCAGCCACAGAUAGCGCCGAGUCGGGUGCGCGGAUGCUGGAUAUCGCGUGCUUCGCGGUCAGCUAUCUGUCAUCAUACCGCGCAAAGACGCGCAGCCAGCGCAAGCCCUUCAACCCGCUCUUGGGCGAGACUUUCGAGAUGGUGCGCCCAGAAAUGGGCUUGCGCAUGCUCUGCGAGAAGGUCGUGCACCACCCGGUGGUGUUCGCGGCGCGCGCAGAGGGCGCAAAGUGGCAGGUGGACCAUUGUUUUGCGCCGCAGCAGAAAUUUUACGGCAAGGCGGCGGAGAUGUUUGUGGACGGCAAAGUGUACCUCAAAUUAGUGGGCGGAGAAAGCGGCAAAAACGAAACCUACGAGUGGUUGCAGCCGACGGUGGCAAUCAAGAAUGUGAUAUCGCUAACUGGGGAGCGGUAUUCUGAGCCGACGGCCCAGAUGACAAUCCAUUCCAGCACGGGUUACCGGGCGGUGAUUUGCUUUUUGCCCGACAAGUCGCACUUUUCGAGCCGGCGGUCGGAGAAACUGACGGUGAAAGUGUACGGUCCGACGAGCAAAAGUCCGCUCAAGACGGCGGCGGGAACAUGGACGCAGAGCGUGCGCGACGACGAGAGCGGAGAAACGGUGUGGGAGGUCGGGAAUUUGGUGCCGGAUGCCGACGACAAGUUUGGAUUCACGGAGUUCGCGGCGGGUCUCAACGGGAUGACGGAGAUUGACCGCGGGUGUGCUCCGUUCGACUCGCGGCGCAGGCCCGACCAGCGCAUGUACGAGCAGGGCGACGUUGAUAAGGCGGAGGCGCUGAAACUCGAUCUCGAGCAGAGGCAGAGAGACCGGCGCAGCGCCCCCGAUGGGAACCCCGUCACGCACAAACCAGCAUUCUUCAAAAAAUCGGGCCCCGGCGAUUUGGACUACACUUUUGUGGAGGGCCCGGAGAGUUACUGGGAGCGCAGGAGGCGCCAGGACUGGGAGGGGCUUGUCAAGUUGUGGUAA